AUGCUACGGAGUACACUCUCGAACUGGAGGGAGUAUCUAACGCCUGUUACCCACCAGUCGACGUUCGAAAACACAGGGCAGAUCACGCCGGAAGAGUUCAUCAAGGCGGGCGACUAUCUGUGCCACAUGUUCCCUACUUGGAGGUGGAACCAGCAACAGGGAGGCAUGGUGUACCGGGACUUCUUGCCGCAGGAUCGGCAGUUUCUCGUGACACGCAAGGUGCCGAGCAAUAUGCGGGCGGCAGAUAGCGUGAACGUGGGCGGCGAAGAAGAGACGUCUGCGGGCGAGUACUGGGUGCUGCAGCCGCAGCAGGAGAGCGCCGAUGGGGGCGAGGAGAUAGACAUUGACGAGAUGCUGCAGGAGAUGGACAUAGAGGACCAGAGCGGCGAGCAGGACAUAAUACAGCUGAGACCGAGCCAUACGCGAUUCUAUGACCUAUACAUCACCUACUCGACGUCGUACCGGGUGCCGAAGAUGUACCUGGUUGGCUUCAACAACGACGGCACGCCGCUGACGCCGCAGCAGAUGUUCCAGGACAUUGCUCCGGACUACCGCACGAAGACGGCGACCAUUGAGAAGCUGCCUUUCUUCAAGUCCGCCGUCGUGGCGGUGUCGAUACACCCGUGCCGACACGCGAACGUGAUGCGCGUGCUGAUGGAGAAGGUGCGGGCUGCCAAGCAGAAGCCGGUGGAGGAAGAGCAGCCGGACGGCCCGCGCGAGGACUGGGAGGAUCUGCAGGACGAGGUCGACAGUAGCCUGCGGGUCGACCAGUACCUCGUUGUGUUUCUGAAGUUUAUUACUAGCGUGACCCCCGGGAUCGAGCACGACUAUACAAUGGAGGGCUGGUGA